AUGUCUUCGUCCAAUGCCGCAAUGACUGCGUUGUCGAUCCCUGAAAUUCUGGUGAUGAUUUUACUAAAACUUGAUAUGCGCACACUAAUCUGGUCCCAACGAACCUGUCGCUCUUGGUUCACGACGAUCAAAUACUCAACUGAUAUCCAAAAAGCCCUGUUUUUUACACCUAUCGAAAAGAUUCCAAAUCAAGAGCCACUUCAGAAUUCCAUGCUGGGAGUAGCAUUCCCUGCACUCUUUGAUCGCACUGACCCCAAUGACCCCGAAGACAAAUAUGACUAUGGUCAAUCUGCCCUUUCCACGUUCGACAUGAUCAAAAACCCUCAAAAGCUAGAGGCGUAUCUCCGACCGGAAGCAAGCUGGAGACGAAUGUUGGUCCAGCAACCGCCGGCGCAUAAGUUUGCAGUGCUUGAGGAAGGGUUCGGAAUGGGCCAUGGAUAUAGAUUUUUCGAAAUUCCUAGUGAACUAAACGGAUUCUCAAACGGCCUGCGCAUGGGAGACUUCUUCGAGGAGCUGGUCUUUGGUAACAAUGACUGGUACGCGCGUUGCAAUGUAAAACGUGUUAUUUGGUGGUGUCGGACCCUUCCGCGUGCGCUGAACCCCUGUUGCGAGAUGAAGGAAGUUUCUACCAGAAUCUUGAACUAUGAGAUUGUGGUUUGGCUUCGCUCCUAUUCCAACGGGUGCACGGAGUCAGAUGAUGAGGGGCCAACACAGGAUGAAGCAGCAAUGGACAGAAUUAAGGCUGCGUAUAGAGAAACGGGAAUACAGCCGAAACUUCAUGGGAUGACUGGGGAAUUGGAAGAUUUGCAUUUAUGGGAUUAG